AUGAAUCUUUCCCCGCGCGGCGCAGAGUGCCUGCUCUGGCUCUGGCAGCUGUUUCGCUGGCAGUCGUGGCGGCGUUUGCGCUUGCAGCAGCGGUGUGGGGAGGCCUGGGACGAAGACGCUCUGGCACCCGGCCUGUCACAGUGCGCAUGUUGGGCAGCUGUGGCGGUGUAUCUGGCGAAGCAGCUGCCGCUGAACGAGGGGAGGGUGAGAGAUGCUUCUGCUUGUUCACUGGCCACUGCUUGGGCCUCUGGAACUGUGGGGAGAGGUCGCUUGAGCAGUGCCAGCGCGAGUCCUGCCAAGACAGGGUGGCGUUGGAGCUCACGGGCACCGCAGCAACGUUCUACAAUAUCCAACCACCAGGACCUGUUGACAAUACCCGUUGCCUACCACGAGACCAUUGUGUCGAUGGUGGAAGAGUGCCCGGGAGGAGAGGCAGAGGGCCUGCUCACUGCGCUCCUGGACGCCGGGCGGCGCGUCUUCGUGGAGGCCGGCGUCGGUGGCGCAGGGAGAGUCGAGGCAGAGAUGCAGUGCGUGCACCUCCCCGGUGCCAUCUCCGUGCACUGGCUGCACGUCCACACCUUCAUCGGAGAGGUUGGAAACGGCGAGGAUCUUCCGGCUCGGCCACCUGGCGCUGUGUGUGCACUUGUCAACAUGACCUCUGCGGAAGCCGCGCGGCACAUGCUGGCACACGCAAUUUGA